CGAUCAAAGAGAAACAGUUAUGGAGACGAGCCCGUCGCCCCAGCACCAGCUGCUCCAGCUUACCCACAGGAAGCUCCAGCACCAGCUGAGCAACCACCUGUUGCCGUCGAACAACCAGCUCCCCAACCGGAAGCAGUACCAGCUGCUGCUGAACCAUCUGGAUAUUAGUUCUAAAUCUCAGCCUUACAAUCAAAGAUCUUCACAUGUCUUAAAGUCGUAAUA